AUGUCACUACCACACUCGGGUCAGUGUAGUUGACCUGACGGACUUGGAGAGACUUGAGUCCAUGGAGUGGGCCAAACUUGCGCCCACUUGCACUUGCGGGGCGGUACCGGUGCUGGGGGGUGCGCUUGCGCUAACUCGCGCGCGCCAAAUUGAGUUGGCGCAAUUGAGUUAGCGCACUUGAGUUGGCGCAGUCGAGCGCCCGAGUUAGCGCACCGCGCGCGUGAGUCGGCGCACCGAGUUGAGUUGGCGCACUGAGUUGGCGCACCGAGUUGGCGCAAUCAGGCGCGCCGCCGCACGCGGCCAUCCCCUUGUCUUCAUGCUGCAACGUGCCAUAUCCUACGGUGCAACUGCUGUCACGCUUCUUUCGGAAACGAAGCGCCGAUAACACGGACGACAAAAUCGUCGGCACCUCGGCUACGACAGCAUCGACAGCGUGCCAGAACGAGAUCGGCCCCUGUGUCGACACUCUACACAGCGCGAACACCGCGAGCCAAGUCCAGGCCGCGAAGCGCCGCUUCGAUGAGCUUUCAAUACAUAAUGAUGGACAUAAUACAGGAUCGACUGCAAUUGAUCAGUCGACCAAGAAGCCAUCGUGUUGCGAGGUCGACCCCGUAGCUUAGUCCCGGCGCCCGCGGCGACCAGGCCUCAGGGUCGUCCGAGGAAGACGGAGGAGGAGAAGGAGGAGGCGGCCAUAGCCAAGUCCGAGAGAGCAGCACAGCAAGCUGCCGAAAGAGAACUUGAUGAUGAACGUGCAAGACAACUCAAGGAAGCGGAGCGAGCUAGGCUAGAGGCCGAGCGAGCGCCUCAACGCCAACUCAUAUUAGACGAGCAGAGUCAGCGGAUGCAGGUUAGUUGUGAAAGCCCGAUUUGCGAUAGAUCAGUGGGAUCAUGAGUGUCAAAACCUGUUAGGCAUGUGGCAUUGACGUCAGAAAUGAAACGUGCCGCAUCCUUCCAUACAGUUUCCCCCUGCAAAAGUGUACACUGUGAGCCGGGCUACAUUCCCGUCGCCCGUAUUCCUUCUGACUAAUGCAUGUCCGUGGCUCCUAAUCUUAGACUCAAUCAACUCUCAACUUUGCACCGGCAACAACUUCACCCCAAACUCCGUUUCCAGACGGCUCGUCUGCCAUACCUUCCGCAUCCGAUGCCUCAGUCUCGACCAACUCCACGUCGCGCUCGAUUCCGACGUCGGUCGGAUCGGCAUUGCCCGACAAUUCAGACUCUUUCAACAGUCUCGAAGGAGGCAUCCACCGGAACCUUCGCCAACGUUUUCCAAAGUCUGGUGUUUCUCCGUGCCAUGCCAAUGCGUGCUUGGCUGACUACGUGCUAGUGCACAAUCUCACGGUCAGUCCAACUCCACCAUCGCGAUUCGAAGAAGCGGCACCCAUUAUCCCUUGUGUUCGCAGGUUGGGACGUUCAAUCGUACCGGAAAACCAUUCGUGGGGCACUACGACCUCUGGCUCACUGUGGAAUUACAUCGUCUGAGGCGCAAGACCUCGGCAUUUCUCCCACGGCACUCAACCACUGUGUCAGAUAUAGUCAACCCGCUGCUCUACACCACCGAAACAUUCGGCAUCGUACCUGUUGUUCAGUCGCCAACAGCGCAAAUGCGCUUUUUGAUCGAGCCCUAUCACGUCGAGCGCGAGACUCUGCGUUUGGAACCCGUCAAGUGGUCGCCAUGGAGCUUGCUGCAGAACAAUACGCCGGCGAUACAGCAUAUGCAAAGCCGGCUGCCAACCGAUCGCAAGCUUCGCCACGACUGGCUAGCGGAACGUCAGGGUACUCGAUUCGCUGUAUUGCAUGUCCAUACACCCAGCGAACGAGCGCUAUACAGAUAUCUCUCAAGCAAGGUACGACUGGGAGCUCCUCAAUCUUCGGAUACUCGAGAUUACCGAGCUUUGGAACAAGUAUGCCAACGGAAUAGACAUUUUUUACAAAGUAUGUCGCGUCUGUGUCACACUGAAUGGUGAUGUUGAGCUGAAGCGCAAUUCUCACACAGAUGCCAGAGUACAUCAAUAAAUGGGCAUCGAGAUGGUCGUCGCUGGCAAAUGUUCAAGCCACAAUGAACAUGGGUGGGAACGACGUCAGAGUGAUUCAAGCUUUGCUUACCGACCCCUCCCGCGGUCGUGAUGUUAGCAUGCUAGCGGCUAAGCCAUUACUCGGUCACAAACCGCCAGUCUUGGGGAGGCUUACGGAGGUAGAAGUCGAUGCCUCGGAUCCUCCAACGUCAUCCAUCCGCCCCUUUGUUGCAACUGCCUCGAGCGACGCUGGUUCGAGCGCGGACUUGGGCACGAGCAGCGCUUUGACGCGCGCGGGUACGACAAAAGUGGCAAGGCACUGUCGAUUCUGUGGCCAAACUACCUGUCGACGCAAGGGGUCAAAACUAAGCGAUGACGGAUCGAUGACUGGGUGUGACGGGGCGUGCUUGGACUGCGGGAAGCCUUUCGGGCUGACAGACGAGAUGGAUUCGAACGACGCACAAUCACGAAGGUUCUGUAGAGGACGGCUGA